AUGAGACUCUACAGCCAGAAUAUCCAAGAGAUGAAACUCACCUCAGCCAUACUGUUUCAGAUCCAAGCAAUGAUACCCGCAACCAAAGGACUUGGGAACGAAGCCAUCCCAGACAAGUCACCAAGGGCACCGGGGAUCAAGCAACACAUGGAAGGAACCACGAGGAGAAAUUCACACAGAAUAAGCAAUCCACCUGGAACACAACUACUCGCCCGUAUAGAAUCAGACAGGAACAAAACACAAUCCGAACCAGGCGACCAUAUCUGGCAUCAAUAG